ACAGUCACUCUUCCUGCUCUUGGCACGAGCGGACGAGAACGAUCUCGUCGCUCGUUUCAAUCAACUCGCACACGCGAGUUCCUCCGAGAGCUUAAAAACUAACUUAAUUAUUUGGUUCGUGAAACAUUCAUUUGGUCAAACUAAGGAAUUCGCGCGGAAAAAAACGAGACGAUAGUUUCAAGAAUUUUUCGUCUUGUUACACCGUCCUAUUCGAAAAUCGGAUUGCGAAGUGUUACAAUCAAACCUCGUGAUGAAGGUUCUCGAUUUCCGGAGAAGCUCUUUCCUUCUUGUACCUCUGAUGAUCGGUACCUCAUUUAGAAAUGUCAAUUCUCAAGUCGCCUUUCAAGCUACUUCGUUCCUUCUCGGAGGUAUUACCAAUGCCGCUUCUUCAGCUGGCAAUUUUCUAUCCGGUCUCGUGCAACGGCAAAAGGAACUCUUGCAUCGUGUGACCGGUACUGCAACCGAUUACGUUGCCAGUGCGGUCGAGAUGCCGAGAAGUUUACUGAUGAACGCAACAAAGAUGACGACGAAUUACAUCGACAGUGCCGCAUCUAUUGGUCUCGACUUCAAGCUGAGGAUGCUUCUGGACAAAUUUCGUUCCCGAAUGCCGUAUGGGUUUCCCGAACUCGGCGUGCCUGUACUCGAACCCCUCAAACUUCGUGAUCUGAACCUUGAGACGUUUCACACAGAAAUCGGCAAUGUAACUCUUUAUCUGGACAACGUGACAAUCGAUCGACUCUCGAGUUUCAAUAUCGACAGAGCAAGGCUCUCCCUAAUCGGACCUACGAUAACCGUAAAUUUAUCAAUUCCCAUGGUACUGACUAACGGUUACUACAACAUUUCCGGAAUAAUCGAUAAUAUGGUUCCGAUCCAUGGUGCUGGCCAUUUCGAAGCAGUGGCACAUGAUUUUAGAAUAUACUUCAAAACCGUGCUCGGUUAUUCACACGGCAUGUACAUGAAGAGCUUCGAUCUCGACUUCUCCAUAAAAGCUGCUGAUCUUUCUCUCGAAAAUUUCAUGGGAGGUGAUGAGAGUGGAACAAUCUUGACUGCAGUAUUCAAAGAUCUAAUACCCCAAGCUGUCGAGAUAAUAAAACCGGAUAUUCUACCACCUAUUCAGGACUUCAUAGCCAGUCGAGCGAACGACACAAUUUAUCAUUUGACGAUGAGAGACGUGCUCGUCUUUCUUGUUGGGGAAGGUGACAUACGGAAUUAUCCACUACCCUUGCCAUAAUAAAUCAAGUUUUGGGCAUUUCUACUAUUAGGUCAAUAAACAUAGCUGAAAAAAUAAGGGGGUGAAACUUUUCGUGAGAAGACAAUGAGUGAACAGUGAAUAUAACUCGUGUGAGUUCCAUGAGCAUCCAAAGAGCUCUCUUCUUUUUUCCUUCGCUCGUAUCCUGCGGCCUUUUAUAGCGCGCGAAUGGUCGAAGCUCAAUCGCAAUCGUGAACGACCAAAGUUUUGUAGUAAUUAAUAAAUAUCUGUCUUUCUACUGUUUAAUAAAAUUCGUAGGAGUCUCGUGACCACCAAAGAAUGAAUAUGUUGAUUUUUUCUCAUCUUAAAACUAUACCAUUGGAUUGUCGUUAGGAGACAGUCAUCGGAUAAUGAAGUUGUCAAAAAAAAAAAAAAAACAGAUACUCAAUAAAAACUGUGAUCUCCAGCGAUUACGCACUGAACGAAAUAAUCGAAAGAUUCGUAUAUAAAGUUAGUAUUUAGGAGCACGAGAAAAUCGUUGGUACAAUAAACAGCAAAAAUAUAUGCUCUACUCUAUA